GGCGGUGGCCGCGGCGUCUUCAGCGGCUCCCAGUGCAGGAUGGUGCUGGAAGCGGCGGCGGCCGUUGUGGCGGCGGCGUUGCUGGCGGCUGCGGGAGGGGGAGCGGUGGCGGCAGCGGUGCCCGCGGGGGGUAUAAAAUGGCGGAUUUCGAAGAGUUGAGGAGUUGCUGUUCCAUUUUACAUCCCUACCAGCAAUAUAUGGAGCGGUCCAGUUUCUCUGCAUCUUAGCCACCAUUUGGCGUUAUCAGUGUUUUUCAUUUUAGCCUUUCUGAAUAUGGUUUCUAGUUUUAGAGUUUCUGAACUACAAGUGUUACUAGGCUUUGCUGGAAGGAAUAAAAGUGGACGCAAGCAUGACCUCCUGAUGAGGGCCCUGCAUUUGUUGAAGAGUGGCUGCAGCCCUGUGGUUCAGAUUAAAAUCCGAGAAUUAUAUAGACGCCGAUACCCACGGACUCUUGAAGGGCUUUCUGAUUUAUCUACAAUCAAAUCAUCAGUUUUCGGUUUGGAUGGUAGCUCAUCACCUGUAGAACCAGACUUGGCUGUGGCUGGGAUCCGUUCGUUGCCUUCCACUUCAGUUUCAUCUCACUCACCAUCCUCUCCUGUUGGUUCUGUGCUACUUCAAGAUACUAAGCCCGCUUUUGAGAUGCAGCAACCAUCUCCUCCAAUUCCUCCUGUCCAUCCUGAUGUGCAGUUAAAAAACCUGCCUUUUUAUGAUGUCCUUGAUGUUCUCAUCAAGCCCACCAGUUUAGUUCAAAGCAGUAUUCAGCGAUUUCAAGAGAAGUUUUUUAUUUUUGCUUUGACACCUCAACAAGUUAGAGAGAUAUGCAUAUCAAGGGACUUUUUGCCAGGUGGUCGGAGAGAUUAUACAGUUCAAGUUCAGCUGAGACUUUGCCUGGCAGAGACUAGUUGUCCUCAAGAAGAUAACUAUCCUAAUAGUCUAUGUAUAAAAGUAAAUGGGAAGUUGUUUCCUUUGCCUGGCUAUGCACCACCACCUAAAAAUGGAAUUGAACAGAAGCGCCCUGGACGGCCCUUGAAUAUUACAUCUUUAGUUAGGUUGUCUUCAGCCGUGCCAAAUCAGAUUUCUAUAUCUUGGGCGUCCGAAAUUGGAAAGAAUUAUUCCAUGUCUGUAUAUCUCGUACGACAACUGACAUCAGCCAUGCUAUUACAGAGAUUAAAAAUGAAAGGUAUUAGAAACCCUGAUCAUUCCAGAGCACUAAUUAAAGAAAAACUUACUGCAGAUCCUGAUAGUGAAAUUGCUACAACAAGUCUUCGGGUGUCUUUAACGUGUCCUCUAGGAAAAAUGAGACUAACAAUCCCAUGCCGUGCAGUGACAUGUACACAUCUGCAGUGUUUUGAUGCUGCCCUUUAUCUACAAAUGAAUGAAAAGAAGCCCACUUGGAUUUGUCCUGUGUGUGACAAAAAAGCUGCCUAUGAAAGUCUAAUAUUAGAUGGGCUUUUUAUGGAAAUUCUCAAUGACUGUUCUGAUGUGGAUGAAAUCAAAUUCCAAGAAGAUGGUUCUUGGUGUCCAAUGAGGCCGAAGAAAGAAGCCAUGAAAGUAUCCAGCCAACCAUGUUCAAAAAUAGAAAGUUCAGCUGUCCUCAGUAAGCCUUGUUCUGUUACUGUAGCCAGUGAAGCAAGCAAGAAGAAAGUGGACAUUAUUGACCUAACAAUAGAAAGCUCUUCUGAUGAGGAGGAAGACGCUCCUGCCAAAAGGAAAUGCAUCUUUAUGUCAGAAACACAAAGCAGCCCAACCAAAGGGGUUCUCAUGUAUCAGCCAUCUUCUGUAAGGGUGCCCAGUGUGACUUCAGUUGAUCCUGCUGCUAUUCCGCCUUCAUUAACAGACUACUCCGUGCCAUUCCACCACACACCAAUAUCAAGCAUGUCAUCAGAUUUGCCAGGUUUGGAUUUUCUUUCCCUUAUUCCAGUUGAUCCCCAGCAGUACUGUCCUCCUAUGUUUUUGGAUAGUCUCACCUCACCCUUAACAGCAAGCAGUACGUCUGUCACCACCACCAGCCCCCAUGAAAGCAGUACUCAUGUUAGUUCAUCCAGAAGCAGGAGUGAGACAGGGGUCAUAACCAGCAGUGGAAGUAGCAUUCCUGACAUCAUCUCACUGGACUAAAGAAGGACGCACUUGAUUCUGGGAAUCAUUCAUCAGAACUACUUUUUUUGGAUCUAUGGAAGUUAUUUUUUGCGGGGGUGGGGGGAAGAAUUUGAUAUUUAUUGAAACCAUCAGAUGGAUUCUUUUGCUUUCUGAGAGAUGAACAUAGAUGACAGCAGCAAGAACCAAAUGACAGGCAACGACUUCUUUACACAUCCUGUACGCUGAGCAUCAGGUACAUUCAGUCAUAAACAGUAUCUUGAGUAUUGGAUUUCAAUUUCAUACGUUACUGGAUGGAUUCUACAAAUCAUUUUAAAAUUUUUGUUAUAUGAUAAACAGCAAUAAAAAUUGUGUAAAUACUUAAACUUUUCUAAUUAAAAAUGUAAUCACUGAUUCUAGAAUGACAGCAACUUUUGUUUAACUCCACGUGAAGGAAAAAAUACAUGGAAAGAAGUCAUGUUUGCUGAAUGAACCCUUUCCACAGAGAUUUGUUCUAUUUUAUUGUGGUAAUAAAGUUUCAGUCAGUGGCCAGAGGUUGGUUCCACUGCAGUGGAACUACAUUUUCAUUUUUCUUCAUGAUUCCAUCAAAGAAAAAUGGCCACUGUGUUGUGCAUUUCCUUUUGGUGUCAUUUGCACUUUGACUCUAUUUGCUAGUGAAUGCAGAGUGAAGUUCUGAUGUUUGGUUGCUUUUUACUAGUUGAUACUUAAGAAUGCCAUGCAGAUUCUGCACUGACUUAAUAUUACUUUUUUGUAACUGUACAUUCUCAUUCUAGAGUUUUCUAUACAUUUGAGGCUUGCCUUCUUAGGAAAGAAAUUGUCUCCAGCCUUUGAGGUAAGGUGCAGUUGGGAAAUUCUUUAGAUUUUUCUUCAUGAUGUCCAGAAAUAGUGAUAGUUUGAAGGCAGUAACAAAACAGAUUUAUGGAUAUGUUAAUAACAAAAUUUACUUUCCAAGAACUUACAUUGCUCAUUUAUUUUAUAGGAUAAUACACACGUCUUUGGUGAAACUUUACACAUUUUAGUGGCACUGAAAGAAAUUAUACUUUAGUCCUCAUAUAUUGACAACCAGUGUAUCUUCUGUCUCAGCAUUGAUUUUCAAAUUUAAGGAAAAGACAAUAGCAAGACAUGAGGUACGGUAUCAGAUUUGUUCUACCUUUUUAAAAAGGAAAUCUUUUCUGACACCACAGUGUGAGGAACUAGUUAUAGUUAGGAAGGGUUGGAGAGGACCUGAAGCUCACUCUCUUCAUGUCUUAACUUCUGUCUUUGCUGAAACACUGCAUUUUAGUGGCUCUACUGUGUGCAGUUUGGAAACCACUUUCCUGGUGUGUUGGACUUUUAAAUUGCUCAGAAAACUGAGUUUUACUUAUAGGGAAACAUUUUCAUUUAGAUUUUGUAGUUUGCUUCAUUUGACUUGUAAAUCAUUUGGAAUUCUCAAUUUAGUACUUUCCUGAUAUUUAGCUUUCUCUCCCUGAGCCGUAUAUCCUUUAAAACAAAAUCAUUCUUCUGAUGGUUAAUCUAACUGAUUUCUCUAGCAGACCUGCCUACAUGAGGACUCUACACUUGGAGUUUUAAGAGAGACAUAUUAUUUCAAAGUAGGUGCAACUUCAGGAAGCUGACUUUUUGUCUGUGCUUGGUUUUUGGUACCACCUCAAGUUUCUUUGUCUUUGUCUGCUUCAUUUAUGAUGUUAAUUUAUGGUUUCCCACAUUUGUUUGGCUGUGUCAUCCCCCUAUUUAUUACUGUAGUGGCCUUCAAGGAAGUUCAUCUAUUAAAGAUGUAGAAACACAAAACCUGCUGUGACUUCUAGCAGAAGUUGAACCGGUGUCACUAGUUUUAACUUUUUAGCCAUUUAAUUCCAGUCCAGGUUAUCCAGUCUCAUCCAGACACAAAAUUUCUUUUUAUUAGAAAGAAAUGUGCUUUAAGUACAAAUGUAGUCUGUUAACACCAUAAUCAGAUAGAAAAAGUAACUUUACUUGUGCAGUAUAAUUUGUUAAGAAAACACAUUUGUUAAUAUUUUGUUAUACUUUAGAUUCUCAGAACUUCCCCCAAUUUAAUUAUUUAGUUAAGUAAAUGAGAACAUCAUUAGAAAUUGUAUACUUACUUUGUAGAACUGAUAACUUCCCAGACUUUUGUAGUUGUGAUACUUUGUCACUGUUUUAUGUGAAUAGUUUUAGUAGUCAUUUUUGGUGCUGUACACUUAAGUUACAUGUAGAGGUUUAUUUUAUCUCAGGCUGCUAACACUUAAACUUUUAAGUUUUUAUAUUAAAAUUGGGGCUUUUGUAGAUGUCUGAAGAUGUGUACUUCUUCUUCAUGCGAUGGCCCUGUGCAUUAUGGUUUUUAAGCAAAUAUACUUUGUUUAAUAUGGUUGGUAUAAUUGUUUGUGCAAAGAUUCUAACAUUUUAUCAGUGUAUUUUGCUAGUCUAGAUUUCUUCUUACUCAAGUAUGAUAGAAUGAAGGAAUCAUCUUAACUGUUACUUAGAUGUCAGCCAGCAAGAAACUAGUUGCUUUUAUAGUCAUUUAGAUAAUCUAUAUUUUUAUAAUGAUUCAUGUAAAACUAUGAAGGGCUUUUCUUUGAUAACUCGCAGCAUUGUAAUUGGUGCUGAACAUACCUUCACUGCUAAGACAUGCUUAUCAUAUUCUCUAGCUUUUUGACCCAUUAGUGAGAAAAUUUAGAAUUUAAUUUUCACUUCUACCGAGAGAUUAUAAGCACUUGACGUCUGCCCUAGGAUAAUUUUAAAGGUCAAAUAAAACAGUUGAAGUGAAUCCAGGUUAUGUGACAUUUAUCCGAUGAUGUAUUCUAAGGAAAGUAGAAUGAAAAUACAAAGUGUAGGUAAUACAUAGCACCAAAGUGUAGUUUAGUUGAUCGAUAACUCUUGGUAUGAAAAAAGUUUCCCUCAUAAUAGUCACAAGGAAUUCAAAGAAAGCUAAGAUGUUGGAUUGUAGAUAAAGUGGUGUGGAACUGAAAUUAUUUUGAUUUUGAUUUUGAUAUGCUCUAUGGCUAAUCCUGGACCUUCAGUUUAUAACCCACAUGUCUUUUUCUUUCUGUUUUUUUAUUUAAAGAGGAAAAGAACAGUAAAAGGAUACAAGUAAUGCAGAAUUUCAAAAAACAAAAUAAACAGUAUGAAAUCACUAGUUAAUAAAUUACAUAUCAUCUUAGAAAUAGUUGAUCAAGUUACAAAAUUAAGCAUUCAAAGUGGACAUUCAAACAGUGAAACUGCAAACAGUUGUGUUCAAUGAUCCAACAAAAACUUAGUAAUAUGGUCAUCUAUCUUACACACCUAAACAUACUUGCAGUUGUGACCGUUAGACAACUUUCUUUUCCUCUCUUUUUUUCAAUAACAUUUAAACAUUUUGGGUUUUGUUACUCUCACAGUUCUUAUUACUUUUUCUGGAAGAGAAUAUAACCAAAUGUGACAAAACAAAGCAGAGUCCGUCAAAGGAUGGACAUAGUACAUCAUGUAAAAACAGAAUACCGAGUAAUCAACAGUGGUUACUAUAAUGCCUCUUGCUACCUUAAAAAGAACGGCCUAUAUCAUCAGGUAUAAUAAAAUUGAACAAAACAGUACAGAACAAAACCAAUAAAACCUAAACAGUGGAGACAUUACUGAACUUCAAGAGAAGAUAAUAGUCAGGGUGGGCAUCAUGGUAAAUCUUACUGCCUUCAAAGUAGUUGCCUAUACCCUCAAAAUGAUAAUAUCAAACAGAACAGAAUAGAGUAAAAUCACUCAAAACAAGAUGGUGAGAGCAAUACAGGGCUUCAAAUCAAGUUAAUAGGAAAUCAAAAUACUAUAAUAUAAUAUAUCCUGCUAAGUUUAAAAAAAAAUUUCCCUUAAAAAAUAAUCAUAAAAAGUUUUUAAAAAGGGUGUGAUUGAGAUACAUACGUCUUUUUCUUCUACCCAUGGAAUAUUAGUUACGUUCGUAUUUUUAGUUAGUUUUGACAAAGCAUUGAUUUUUUCUCAGGCUUUUCUCUUUAGUCUUCAAUUGAUUACAGGGAAAAAAUUUUUUUUCCUACAGCUUUUUCUUCCAUUUUUAUGUAAUGUCGUAAGAAAUUGUUUCUUGACUUAAUACCAGGUUUAAGCUUGAAUCUAAUGUUAGACUUUGUGGCACUAGCCCAUGUGUUGUGGAAAUCAUUUUAAUGGAUGAUUGGUGAUUCAGCUUGACAUAGCAGGUUUUUUGCUACAGUGCUACAUGCAUUGGUGAACUAUGUGGAAAAGAAUUUAAGAAUUUCUCUGCUUUUUAACAGUUUGGCCCUACAAACAAACAAGUGGUUGGUAUCCCUGUCUCCUUUUUUGAUUAGGAACCAUACUACGGAAACAUAGAUACAUAAAUAUAUUUGCUCCAUUUAUGAAUGCUUACCUGGUUGACUAUGUUUUUGUUUUUCUGUUCAUGUCAGGAGGACAUGCUCAUUCUAGAAAUGUUAGACCAUACAGAAAAGUAUAGAGCAUUUUUAUCACCAGGUGAAAAGCACCUCAGUUUUUUUGCAUAUUUCUUACCAGGCUUUCUGAAACUUGUGCAUAUUUUUUCCACAGAUUUAUUCACUUUCAGUAUACUUUGUACCUUGGUUUUACCCUCAAUCUACAGGCAUUGUUCUACGUGGUUUAAAACUGUGUUAGCCAUUACUAAUGAAAUAGUAUUUCAUUGUAUGGACAUACAGUGAUUCAUGUAAGCUUUCUUAUUGGGUGUUUCAGAUUAAGUCCCACAGUGUUACAAUGACUGCAUAAAUUAUUUUCCUUAGGAUGAAUUCCUUGAGGUAUGAUUUCUCAGUCAAGGAUUAUGAACAUUUUUGUAAUUCUUGACUCAUACCAGUUUUUCAAGUAGUUAUGGUCAUUCAUUCCCUGCCAGAUGGUACAAGAAAGAGCUGUUCAGCUGUAUUUUUCUAGAACACCUAACAUUUAUCUUUAUGUAGGCCACUAUACUAAGAUUCUCUGCCCUUAAGAUACUGGUCAUUUGCACUGAGGAGGUAAUUAGCAGAUAUCUUCCUGGGCUUUCUCAGAUUUAAAUAUUUUCCCUCAUCUGAAGGAGAUGGGUUCUGGGACUGGCUUCUCCAAUAUCAAAAUGCACAGGUGCUAAAGUGUCUGUUUUAAUAUUUGCACAUAGGCUACACUAUCUACCCAUAAACUUUAAAUCAUUUCUAGAUUAUUUAUAGUAUUUAAUACAGUGUAAAUGUUUGUAAGUAGUUGUUGUAUGAUAUUGUUUAAUGAAUAAUAACUAGAAGAAAAAGUGUGCAUACUCAAUACAGAUGCAGCAUUUUCCUGAAUAUUUUCAGUCUGUAAUUGGUCGGUUGUACUAAUGCAGAACUGUUGGCUGUGGAGGCUUGUCUGAGUAUACUGACACGAUGCAGAAGUAUGUACAUAUCGAUAGCCAACUGAUUUUACUUGCACUGUGAAGUAAAUAUUCCUUCUCAGAUUACAUUUUGAGGUUUUUUAUUUAUUUUUUUAACCAUUUGUGCCUAGGGCCAGCCCUUAGUAGCCAGCUCUCUGUUUCCUCUUGUAGGCUUCAUAUUUUGACCUUUCUGACCUCCUUAAAGCCAGUCGGAUCUGCUGAGGCAAAGGCAGUCCAUCCCAAACUGGAAAAGUGGUAAGGUUAAAACACAAGCAGGACCCAGCUCUGCCUGUUUCACUUUGAAUUACCUUACGUUGUUAAUCAGAUCUGAAUUCUUAGUGUUCUAAGUACACAAGUGUUGGUGGUGGGGAAACAAAUUUCUAUGUUCAGAUGUUUCAGGAAUAGCAUUUUUUAUGUUUUUGAUUGGCAUAGUACAUUUAUUACUUCCCAUACUGCUUUUGUGUUCUGUUACUGUAAAAUAGAAUAUUCCUCUUUCUUUGGAUGUCAUCACACUGUUGAAAUGUGUAAUGUACAAUGGUACCUCAGUUUAUUUUUUGAUUUUGGGAAAGAUUGCCGCAUUUAUGUUUGUACGAGGAGGAUGGCUUUCGUAUUGUCAUCUGAUACAGGGCUUGCAAAUGAAAGCAAAUUUUGCUAAAUGUUUUUGUUUCCAAAGUGAAUUAUUUGUAAACAAAAAUGUUUGUAGAUUGAGGUAGUAAGUAUGUAGAUUAAAGUAGUUAUAAAAGGUAUAAUGUCAGACUUCAAAGCAUGAAGUUUUUAAAAAUCAGGAAUACUUAGGUAGCAGACAUUCUGGUAAGAACUGUAUGAAAAUAUUUCAUUCCUUCCAACAACCUUUCAAAGGAAAGUAGUAUCUCUACUUAAAUGAAGGAAAAUUUUGAUAAGUUUCCCAGCAUAACAGUGAGUGACUUAGUGGGCUUGGUGGGAGUUUGAUUCAGACCUACCUCAGAAGCCCUCUGAUUAAACUGAAGUGACAUUAAGUAGCUGUGAUGUGUCUGUUAUGGAAGUCUGGACAAAAUUAAGAGGAUGCGUUUCAGAUUAUAGCCAUAAUAUUUAUUAUAAAAGAUGGAUGUGAAAGCCUUUUUAAAGGAAAGUUGAAAACUAAUGCAAGAGGAUUGCCAUGAGUUUGAGGCCAUCUUGGACUACAUAGGGAAAUCCUAUCUCAAGAAAAGAAUUCAAUGUCCAUCCUCAGACUUGGGCUGUUCUCCUUCUAUCCUGUUACAAUUUGGACGUAGUUGCUGCUAUUUACAGAAACAAGAGGCAAUGCAGUUAGUCAUUUAGGGAAAACAAGGUUAAGCAGAGGAUAACACGAUGCUUCUGUGAGUCUGAUGAGUGGUUUUUCUGCAUUCUUAAGUGCAACUCCCUUUUUAUCCAUUUCCACCUUCAUUCACAUAUAUGCUGUGCGUGUUCUGGUCAUUCAGAAUGGGUUAACAUUCACUAUGUUUUAAACUAUUUUGAUUACAUCUCACCCUCUUUCUUUUUACUCUGCAUUGCUUUACCUUUGCAGAGUUGCCUGUCACCUGAGGUUACUAUUACCUGCAACUCUCAGUAGUGUGGGCUCUAUUAUAGUAUGUAUUUUUCAAGAGGUGAUAGGUGCUGCCCUUUCUACCUGAUGGAAUGCUUCUGUCAAAAAAAUGUCGUCUUCGGAAGAAGAGAGAGAUUAUGAAGGGCUUAUAAAACAGAAGACAUUGGAGAGUUUUUCUGAAUAUUAAUAAUAAUGAACAUUUAUUGUAGAAUUUGGUAUGAUUGUCUCCAUUUUACUAGUGUGAAAACAUUGAGAGGGUAAGUUAACCUGCACUUUUACCUCAGGUCAUACAGCUAAGUGAAGAGUUAAGAUUUUAAACUCAGUUUUUAACCACGUCAGAUCUCUCUGAUCAUUGUGUUUUGUUGUUGCAGUUGUUUGGGGUGCUGGUUGUAGAACCCGGGGCCUCACAUGUACCAACCAUAGGCUCUAGCACUGAGCCAUACCCCCCAGCUACUAAUCAUUCUGUUUUCAAAGUAGGUGUCUCCUAUCUUCUGUCAUAUCACUGUUUAUAUCCUAUAUGGCACUUAAUUACACUUUGUGGCAUUUUUAUGUAUUGGUUCACUGUGUUAUUUGUGUCUACUAGAUUGUAAGCUCCAUGAGAGCAGGAGUGGUAUCAUUCUGGAGCCUAAAAUGGUGUGUGGUGCAUAGUAGGUGCUCAAUAAAUAUUUGUGAAUAAAGAAA